UUGAGAGUCGUAGAUUUUUGUUUUAAUAUUUUGGUUCUAGGAUAUUUUUGGUAGAUAGUUCAACGUACGCCUUUCCUGGCCUGGGUGAUAGAUAUUUUAGUUCAGGAGGAAUUUUUUUUCUAGUAUUCCAUAACGCAGUUUAUACUUGAUGCUUCAUUAUUUGUCUUUCUAUUAUAAUCCCAUUCGGAUGUUUCCUGUAGACAUCUCAAAUUCGGCGGGAUGGUGGUGGGAGCGUUUGAUAAUAGCUGGAUGGAUGUUAAUGAUGCUGGUACUUGCCAGAAGCUACUGCAGCACACUCAUGUCCCUCCUGGCCGUGAGAUAUAUCCCUCAACCCUACCAGAGUCUCCGCGACGUGCUGGACGACCCGAGUAAAAUUAUGAUCUGGGAGUGCGGUUCAUUCACUGUGGCUUAUUAUCGUGCUGCAGAAACUGGCAUCUUCACUGAAGUGGCUGACGCAGAAAGGGAAGGUCGUGUCAUCUUCAACCGGUUAGCAGAGUACCCGGGAAGCAUCGACAAGCUGGUAAGGGAGGGUUCCCACGUCAUACUGGAGACUGAGAGCUUCUUGCUGACUUUAAUGGCUCAGGACUUCUCGCAAAAAGGACAAUGUGAUUUCUACUAUUCGAGGGACGGCUUCCUCUCUCGUAUUUAUGGCGUCACUGGACAAAAGAACAACCCUCUUGUUCCUUCCAUGAGUAAGAGGAUUCUGGCAAUGAGUGAAUUCGGUCUUUACGACCACUGGAGGAAGGAAGUCGUCCCGAAUUCAACGUCUUGUCUUUCCCUUCCAACCAAGAUCACCGUCAGCACCUCGCUCUCCGUCACUCACCUCUGGGGUUUAUUUACAAUUCUCGUUUGUGGAUAUAUUCUGAGUCUUCUAGUCUUCAGCCUUGAGAUCUUUAGCGUCUGCUUCCUCAAGUUCGUAAGUUCCUCACUGGAGAACGUCACACGCGCCUGAUGUCCUUAUGUCAAAGCUGUACAACGAAUAUUAAUAAAUGUUUAUUAUUGAUCA